AGAACAAACAUGCCCAUUUUAAUUUUCUGCAAGCACAAGAUGAUGCAUGUUUUUCCUCCCUAUUUACUUUCACUACUUCUCAUCUGCUUCUUUGUUGGCACCACCGCGAAGAUCACAACUUCAAUCUCUCACAAUGGAGGAGUUGCUUCCAGAAAAGACAUUACAACUCUUUCUUAUGCAAAGGUAACACCAAUGAUAAUAACUAGCACCUCUACUAAUAAGCGAAACAAGCAUGAAGGAGAGACGAUAAGCUGGAUGAUAAAUCGUACAAGAAAGUUGAAUCAAGUAAACAUGGAAGUAGUAGAGACGACUCCAAAUAAUAAGAAGUCAUCUACAAAAAACAAUGUAGUUGUUACAAAAUGCGACGAUGUAUCUUCAUCAAAAUCAGUAUCCUCGUCGGUUAAAGAAGGUUCAAGUAAUGAAAAAUGUCAAAAACUUGGAAGAAAACUUAUACCAAGAAAACAAGAUAUGGAUACUUUUGUAGCUUACGCUGAUUAUCGUGGACCGCAACGCCAUCCGCCAAGGAACAAUUAAUCAUAUUAAUCAAAGAUGAAUUACUUAAUUAUAAUACAAUUAAGCUUGAACUCCAUAUAUUUUUGUUUUGGUUGCACCAUUAAAAAUGGUGUUAUAUAAUUGUAAUGUUUUAACUUAUUAUCGUUUGUUUGUACUUUGAUUAUCUUUUGUUUGUUGUAGUGUUUGUAAUCUUAUAUAGUAUACCUAUGUCUUUAAGUAACAAAAAUGGUCAUCAAGACCUAAGUUUUCUUAAAUUCUACCAUUUUUUAGUUAUAUGCGGGUAAACUUUAACAAUAAAAAAAAUUACCCGACCUAUUAAAAUGGUCGAUCAAUCUUAGCUUUGAAAUUCGCGGAAACAAUAAACCCUAUCAUGACCAAAGAACACAAACCUCAAUAUAAUAAAAAAAAAAAAAAAAAAAAGGAAAAAAGAGAAGCUUUUAAUCAAAGGGAGAAAAGGGGGAGUUAGGGGCUUAGGGUUCUUUAGAAGUCAUAUCAAUUUCACAAAAAAAGAAGAUUUAAAAUGUGGUUUCUAAUGAAAUUUCUGUAAAAUUUUUGAAUUUUAUUAUCAUACUUAUGCCAGUAAUGACAAGAUAAAAAGUAUUAUUCCGUAUUUUUAAUCGUAUAAUAAGUGGAUCAAUUCAUUUCAUACUCCAUUCUGUCCAAAAAAUACAAGGUCUAAACUACUCUUUCAAAAUUUCUAAGUCACACAGCUAAUGGAUCGGAUAAUAAAUAAUGAGAUUGGUGUUGUCCACUCUUGGAUAAGUUAAGUCCCACUCCCACCCUCUUAAUCAUUCCUCCACCACAACUAGUACUAAUAGAAUUAUUAUCGCUUUGUCCCCGUUUAUCUCUUGAAAAUGAUCACAUUGGCAUUUAGAUAAAGUACUGAUUUUGAAAGCAAAUGGACUUGAAUAUAUAAUCUUCCCAUCAUACUAGAAUCAUUCUUAUGUAAAUUUUUUUAUUUCUUCUUUUCACACUUUGUUGUAAUUAUAGUAGUUAGAAAUGGCUAAGACAUUUUCACUUGGCCUCCAAUGAUAAACUAUAGGCAUUAAUUGCAUUAAGGCUUUUUUUAAAAAAAAAACAAUAAUAAAUUAAAAUAAAAUGAAUGACAAUAUAAAAUUGAAUUUAAUUAAUAAUAUAUUAAAUCUGAUAAACGGGCCUAGGCCAGACCCGUCACGAGUGUCCAUUUUACAAGUCUAAGGAAG